GUCGCCCGCUGGGUGGUGGUGACGCACCUUGAAGUCGUUUGGCUAAAUCUGAAUCAAACCAGAAGAAGAAGCUCGUUUUAACAGCGAUACUUUACGCUUGAAUUGAGUUUGUCACUUAACCUGUUAGUUUUAAUGUUGUUGCUGUUGAAUAGGCUUUUAAAUACUUCCUAACCUAGCUUGAAAAUAAGACACACUGGCUAAGGUUAUCCUCCUCCACAGCUAGGUGGCUAGCUUCGGUUGCCUAACAACCGACAAGAAGUGAAACAAACCGCAGCAUCAGAAGCGAGCCAUCAAAAUCGGACCGAACCGACCGCGUUUUGAGCAAAAUUAACCUUUAAGGUGUUUCGUUGGGGAAAUACCACGGAAUGUCGGAGGAGGCUCGACGAGGAGAGGAUGCGGACCGCGGGCCAGGUUCGGUCCACCAGGCGUUUGUGGUGAUGGAGAACCUGCUGGAGAAGUUAAAGGUCCUGAACUACGAGGAGGAACUUCUGUCCAAACACAACAUGAAGAGUCUGUCCAGACAUUACUUUGUCUCCAGUCCAUUCUUGGCGUCCAACUCUGGUGAGCAGUUCUACAUGUUCACCAUCAUGGCUGCAUGGCUCAUCAACAUAGCGGGUAGAGCGUUCGCCGAGCCUCAGGAGUACGACGAACCCAACGCCACCGUGUCCAACAUCCUGACAGAACUCAGGGCUUUCGGUGUAAAAGUGGACUUCCCUCCCUCCAAACUCAAGUCGGGUUCAGGCGAGCACGUCUGCUUUGUGUUGGAUCGUCUGGCUGAAGAAGCGCUUAAGAAGAGAGGCUUCACAUUCAGGAGGCCCAGCUACCCAACAGAAAACACAGAAGAAGAGUCUGUGAUGGAGGACGACGCCGAGCUCACAUUCAGCAAAGUAGAAGUGGAGACGAUUGAGGAAGCUGACGAGGAUGAGGAAACCAUGAUGGACCUAGAGGCUCUGAAGCUGAGAACAACUCACACUGAAGCAGAACCGUCCUCCAAACCCGAUGAGAUUCUGGAAUCUACGAUGGAGGCAGCGGAAUGGAACCUGGAGGUGGAGAGGGUCCUGCCGCUGCUCAAGGUCACCAUCAGGACCGACAACAAGGACUGGAGGAUCCACCUGGGCCAGAUGCAUCAGCAUAGAGACGGGAUCCAGUCUUCACUCACAGAGGCUAAGAGCUACCUGGACAAGCUGCAGGAGGACAUCGGAAAGACUCUGGAGAAGGUGAGCAGCAGAGAGAAGUACAUCAACAACCAGCUGGAGCUUUUGAUCCAGGAGUAUCGCAGCGCUCAGGCCCAACUGAGUGAGGCCAAAGAUCAUUACCAGCAGGCCAGCGGGGGAGUGAUGGAGAGAACCAGAGUUCUUGCUGAGAUCAGUGAGGAGCUGGAGAAGGUGAAGCAGGAGAUGGAGAGUAAAGGCAGCAGCAUGUCCGAUCGAGCUUCGGUGGUAAAGGUGAAACAGAGCCUGACCAAGCUGAAGCAGGAGGUGGAUCAGAUGGAUGUGAGGAUCAGCCUAAUCCAGCACAAGCUGCAGCAGGCUAACCUCAAAGAGAAGUCCAACAUGACACGAGACAUGCACGCCACCACCAUCCCCGAGCCCGCUGCUGGGCUGUUUGCUUAGCCACGCCCACACAACGGGCCCCGGCCGACACCUGAACACACCACGAUGUUCUGAACUUUUUACCGGACCUGAUGUCUCAUGAGUCCUUACAGAGUGUAAAAACGUUUACUCCUCCAACAGAGCUGUUUUAUAGGUGCUGGGCUUCGAUGAGUCAUGAAAACAUUUAAAAAUUGAACAUUACCUGAUAUUAACUCUUAUUUAUUCUACUUUUAUAUUUACCUUUUGUUGUUUUAAUAAAUAUAAACUAAGUUUUA